AUGACCCUGAGUAACCGAAACUCGGCCGCUUUUAUGUUCCACCCGCCGGGUCCAAAAUCAACAAACUGUCAAUUAGAAACGCAAGAUAACCCAACCGAGCUGGACAUGUUCAAUCCCGCGUCAAUCACCGGCGCCAACUUUAUCAGAGGACGACCAUUGAUAGUACUGAUCCACGGAUACACUGGACACCGUGACUACGCACCGAAUCCCACCAUAAGACCCGCGUACUUUGCCUACGAUGAGUUCAACAUCAUAUCUGUCGAUUACAAGCCGCUGGCACUGGAACCGUGUUAUCUGCAGGCGGUACGUAACCUUCCCACGGUGGCAAACUGUACCGCCCAGCUGCUCGACCUCAUCAUCGCCCACGAUAUCAUCCCGCUCGACGAUAUUCACGUGGUCGGGUUUAGCCUCGGUGGUCAAACUUCCGGCAUGAUCGCGAACUAUCUACGGGCAGGUCGGUUGAAACGCAUCACGGGGCUCGACCCCGCCAAGCCACUGUUUGUCUUCGCCUCGAACGAGUACAAGCUCGACCAGUCCGAUGCAGAGUUUGUGCAGGUGAUCCACACGGACGUGUUCCAGCGCGGCAUCCUGCAUCCGAGCGGCCAUACGGACUUCUUCGUGAAUGGAGGCGUGGUGCAGCCGGGGUGCGAUGCAUCGACCAUGAUGACUACGGGCGAGUGCAACCACAACCGGGCGCCCGAAUACUACGCGGAGUCGAUCGCUACGGAGGUGGGAUUCUACGGCUAUCGGUGCGCUCACUGGUACCUGUACAUGCUCGGUAUCUGCCGUGGCGGUGGACCCGACGACCAGGUCGCUAUUAUGGGAGCGCACACACCCAACACAACUCGGGGUCUCUACUUCCUGACCGUUAACAUGAUGCCGCCUUAUGCAAGAGGAACUCAGAAGCAAGAAAACAAAAAUGUGUUCAACACUAGUUCGUGCCUGGAGAAGCCUUACCGAUGUCCUCAUCCGCGGAUCAAGUUCUAUCUGUAUACGCGCCGAACCCAGCAAAACCCAGAGCUGAUCGAUGUGCUCGAUCCGGAAUCGCUGUACUACACGCACUGGAAUCCAUCGCAUCCGGUGAAGAUCGUCAUUCAUGGGUUCGGUGGUGGACGUAACCUGUCGCCCAGCCCCGACAUGCGCAAGGCGUACUUCACCCGGGGGAACUACAACAUCAUCAUCGUGGACUAUGGAUCUGCUGUGACGGAACCGUGCCUGAGCCAGAUCGAGUGGGCACCUCGGUUUGGGAGUCUCUGUGUGUCACAGCUGGUGAAGUACAUCGCGCAUCACCCACGAGGAGUUCCACCGGACGAUAUGCAUCUCAUUGGGUACAGUGUUGGGGCACACGUAGCUGGCCUGGUGGCGAACUAUCUCACCCCGGCCGAGGGUAAGCUGGGGCGCAUUACCGGACUCGAUCCGACGAUCUUCUUUUACGCGGGCUCGAAUAACUCGCGGGAUCUCGACCCGUCCGAUGCACACUUCGUGGACAUCAUACACACCGGGGCGGGAAUUCUUGGCCAGUGGAGUCCGGGAGGGCAUGCCGAUUUCUACGUCAACGGAGGCACUAGUCAACCGGGUUGUGCCAGUUCCACCAUCUUCCAGACACUCGCCUGUGAUCAUACGAAAGUGACGCCAUACUUUAUCGAGUCGAUCAACAGUGAACGAGGCUUUUGGGCAGGACCAUGUCCAACGCUUAUAUCCUACCUGCUCGGUUGGUGUGAACCGAAAGACUCGGAUUACGUCCUCAUGGGUGAACAUCUCUCGAAACAAGCCCGAGGUGUGUUCUACGUUACGACGAACGCCAAACCACCGUACGCGCGUGGAUUUCCGGGCAAAAACCGACGCACGGCCAAAACAUCCGACUACAGUGGCGUGCGACGAAAGUAG